AUGGGGUCGUGGAUUUCGAGCAUCGUUAGGGCGGAACACGCCGGCAGCGGUGGCGGACUCGGCGCGGGCCUCGGGGACUUGCCCGAGAGCUGCAUCGCGGAGUUGCUGCUGCACCUUGAUCCGCCGGAGGUCUGCCGCGCGGCGCGGCUCAGCCGGGCUUUCCGAGGGGCGGCUUCGGCGGGCGUCGUGUGGGAGACGAAGCUGCCGAAGAACUAUGCGUACUUGAUGGGGAAGGCGAUGGAUGAGACGGCCAAGGCACGUCUUUGCAAGAAGGAGAUCUAUGCGCGAUUGUGCCGGUCGAAUCCCUUUAAUGGCGGCGCCAAGGUAUCCUCGUCUCCUUAUUCGCUAAAUCCAAAUUCCUGGAUUCGGCCGCAAGGAGGAUCGCCGUCACGCUAG